GCUCCGAGCUAUGGACGCCCCAGGGGCCCCGGCCCCAGCCCCGGCCCCGACAGCAGCCCGGGGUCCCGGCAAGAAAGAGCUGAAGAUCGUGAUCGUGGGCGACGGCGGUUGCGGCAAGACCUCGCUUCUCAUGGUGUACAGCCAAGGCUCCUUCCCCGAGCACUACGCCCCGUCGGUGUUCGAGAAGCACACGGCCAGCGUGAACGUGGGCAGCAAGGAGGUGACCCUGAACCUCUACGACACGGCGGGGCAGGAAGACUACGACCGCCUGCGGCCCCUGUCCUACCAGAACACCCACCUCGUGCUCAUCUGCUAUGACGUCAUGAACCCCACCAGCUACGAGAAUGUCCUCGUCAAGUGGUUCCCCGAGGUCACCCAUUUCUGCCGCGGGACCCCGAUGGUUCUCAUCGGCUGCAAGACAGACCUGCGGAAGGACAAGGAGCAGCUGCGGAAGCUCCGCGCGGCCCAGCUGGAGCCCAUCACCUACAUGCAGGGCCUGAGCGCCUGCCAGCAGAUCCGCGCGGCUCUCUACCUGGAAUGUUCCGCCAAGUUUCGGGAGAACGUGGAGGACGUCUUCCGGGAGGCCGCCAAGGUGGCGCUCAGUGCGCUGAAGAAAGCCCAGCGGCAGAAGCAGCGCCGGCCCUGCGUGCUGCUGUGACAGGCCGGUGGCUGUCGUGACUGGCCCAGACCCAGACCGCUCCCAGGAACCUGCCCACCCCGCCUCUCCAGUGCCUGGGCGGGACUCUGAGAACGUUCUGGAACUGUCUCCUCGCCCGGCUGGGGCUCCGACUAGACUCACGUCCAGGCUCACACGCGUGUGAGAACGAGGGCGCCUGUUCCCGUGAGGCCAGCAUUUGUCCUCAUCCUGGCCUCCCAGCCAUGGGCUCCCCGUCUGCCUGAAACGCAGUGUCAUCCGGUGUGUGGGCAGAUGGGGACGCUCCCGGUUCCGCUCCCGGGGCUGCCGAGAUAGGGCAGCUGCGUCCUCCAGCUUCCUUUCCCCCAGGAACUCGGCCCGGGCGAGCCCUAUCGGGGACCGCAGCCGCAGCCCCGACCCGGGAGCGUGUGCGCAGGCGCAGACCGGAGGGCCAUCCCGCCCGCCCCCACUGUCAGAGGGUCGGGAUGGUCAUGCCCCGGCCCCUGGGACUUCUUGGGCGGAUACCGGGUCCGUUUCCCCAUCUGCAAAUGGACAGGCCUGGCCGGUGUAGACGGACGCCCGACUACCUGCCUGUCCCUCUCGGCCCGCUCCUGCCACCAUGUGGCAUCUGGGAGCUGAGACCAUCUGCUGCCUCGGAGGACUGUGAGCAGCCCCUGCCCACGCAGGGCGGUCUUCAAAACUGGUCCGAUUCCGAGUCCCGAACCGCCUCUGGGGAGGUCCGGGUUGAGCUAAUGCACACCCGAGAAGCAAGCCUGGGAGCCAGCUUACCCAAGGUGGCAUGGUGGCUGCAGGCCAGCCCCCUCACCCCUCACUGGUGCUGGGGCCCCAGCCAGGCCUGAGCCUCUCAGACGUCAGUGUCAGGGAGAGAUUUCUCACAUGCACCCCCACUCUACCUGGGUUCCCCAAGGCCUGCUAUGCCCUGGGGAGUCGGCCAGGGACUUCUGGUCCUCACAGAACCCAAGACAUUGUGGGUGAACAAUCUGAGCUCAGCCGACCGCGGCCUGUGGGCCCCAGCUGCCACGCCUUGUUUUUGUAAAUAAAGUUUUAUUGGAACACGG